CGAAACUUUAAAAUGGUUAGUCUAAUUUCAUUUUAGCUUUUCACGUUUUUAGAGAAACUAUUUUAGAAGUUAUCGAUCUGAUGAUAAUCUGUGUCUUUGACAGCAACUGAGACGGCACCUCCGCUUUCCGCUUCCCUUUCGACAUAACCAAUCAGCAGCAGCAGCUCCUCCUGAAGCUCCUCCCCUCUCCCCAUGCCUCGCUCCUUCCUGGUCAAGAGCAAGAAGGCAGGAUGUCACACUCCGCGCUGUGCGGAGGACAGGCGCCACUCAGUACCCGACCCGUGCGCCGUCGUGCUGUCGGAAAGGACACCAUUUCCCAGAAUCCCCUCUUCUAACGGUUACCCCGUUGUCAUGGUUACGGAGACGGGCGACUCGCCACCUUCACACCUCUCACCCAUGCUUCCUGUUGCACCUUGGUCUGCAGGCCAGCCCAGGCAAGAUGUGGACCCUCUCCCGGCCGGGUGGUCCCAGCCCCCCCCGAACUCCAGGGUCCCCCCGAAAGAGCGGGAGCUGGAGAGGCUGCUCAGCAUGCUGCCGAACCCCAAACAGGGGGCUGGGGGGCGAAACGGGGGGGCAGAGGAAGUGGUCUGCACGCAACGCAGUGGGCUCAAAUCAGUCCCCAGCCCCUGCCCUCUGUGCAGAAAGAUGCUCUCCUCUGCCGACGGUCUGGAGGCUCACCUGCACAGGUCACAUGUCAGCUGGCUCACUCUCCCAUUGGGCGCAUACACCAAGGUCAAUGACCAGACGUACGUCUUCAGGCCAGAGCUGGGGCAGCACAGCAGGGCCAAGGAGAGGAGUUUCAGCUGUAAGGAAUGCGGGAAGACCUUCAAGCGCUCGUCCACCCUGUCCACGCACCUGCUGAUCCACUCGGACACGCGGCCCUACCCCUGCCAGUACUGCGGCAAGAGGUUCCACCAGAAGUCCGACAUGAAGAAGCACACCUUCAUACACACAGGCGAGAAGCCCCACGUGUGCCAGGUGUGCGGAAAGGCCUUCAGCCAGAGCUCCAACCUCAUCACGCACAGCCGCAAGCACAGCGGCUACCAGCCCUUCACCUGCGCCCGCUGCCACGCCGGCUUCCAGCGCAAGGUGGACCUGCGGCGCCACCAGGAGCUGCACUGCGGGUACUACCGCGCCGAGGACCCCGCCCAGCACAUCGAGGCUCUGCAGCGCGCGCACCUGGGAGUGUGCUGAACACGCACUGAACACGCACCAGCGACACCAACACACGCCUCUCACACGCCUAACACUGAACACCACUGAACACACGCCUCUCACACGCCUAACACUGAACACC